GUCACGUUUGAAUUAAAUUAGUGGAGGUUGCGAAAAGAUAAUACCAGUCUCUGAAUCGUUUUGGAGUAACUUAGAGAUUUUAAGAACGAUAGACCUAACUGCGGGGUUGUGAGGGUGAGAUGUGUGAGUGAAUGGAAUGCGAUCAGUGCUUUUCUUCUCAGCCGUUUAUAGCGCUGACUGUUGUUGGGCGCAGUGGUGGCCCGCUUGAACGACAGAAACAGGAUAGCCACGUUUAUCAAAAACUGGCACAUUGCCACUGAUUUUUCGGAAAAAUCAGAGUCGUCACUACAUAGGCGACGAAGUCUGAGAAACAGUAAAGAAGAAGAGGACUUCAGCCUCGUGAAAGACGAUGAAAGAAAUAGCUUCAAGUGAGAGCAAUCACUUAUGGGUUUCAUAAACACUGUGAUCUGUUUUGCUGUUGUAUUUACACGGCACUUUACAGACACUCGAGCAUGCCACAUGAACAUAACCAGUCUCAAUGGAACGAUUAACAUUUUAACCCCUCCCGCGAAGCAAACGAACUCCACAGGGUACACCUGCAAGUGGAACAUUCAGCUUAUGAAAGUCGACACACCUCGCCAUGUUGAGCUACGUUUCACUUCAUUUGACAUCGCUGGAAUCAUGCCAGAGUGCUUCAGUGGAAAUUAUAUCGAAUUAUUUCUUGGUUGCAAUCCAUCAAAGUCUAUCGGUAAAUUUUGCGGGAAGUUGUCUAUGCCUGUAGUGUAUUCGUUUGAUCACUGUCUCCAAAUAAGGCUCAUCGUCGCGUCUGAUUUCCGAUUUGAAGGAAGCAGUUUGCUCGAUGGUGUGCCCUAUUUUACAGCUGUUUUCAACCAACGCUUACGAACAAAAGCCUUGUCGCAGAAUUAUUACGGUUGUGGCAAGGAUUAUUAUGCCAAUGCAAGAUAUGGAAAUGUCUUCUCGCCACACUGGCCUCUACCCUACCCCCGGUACGUAGACUGUGUAUGGCACGUGACUACGCGGAAAGACUAUAAUAUCAAGCUGCUGUUCUUUGAUUUUGACGUCAGAUCAACGAACGCAAGCUCAGAAGCCGACUUCGUGGAAGUGAGACCAGGAAGAAGGUUAGUGACAAAUUCCAAGCAGUGUGGAAGGAAGGACCCCUUUUCACUAACGAUUGAGGGAGACUCAGUAUUCAUACAAUUCAAAAGUAAUGCGGAGGCUGGAAAUCGGGGAUUUAUGGCCGGAUUUGUAACCUACAGUGCUGAGACUGUCGACUUUCAACCUCAAGUCCUCAUCAUGCUGGCCGUGAUAUUCUCAACUCUUUUGCUUUUUGCGGGAAAAGCUUUAGUUAAAAAAAUGUUAGAGAAAAGACGAUUGAAAAGGAAGGCUAAUCUUGACCAAUCAGCACGACGCUACUGGACUAGGAGUGUGACACCAAUAUCACAUGACCACUCAGUGGGAGAAUCCACGGCAAAGUCUGACUUCUUAGGUCGGAAAGGGUCCUCAACAGGCAACUGCCCAGUGAAAAAUGUCACUUUUGAAACAGCAGAAACAGAAAGCAAGCCAAGCCCAGGAAAGGAAUACAGCAAUGAAGAUCUGGAGCAAGAAACUGUCUGCUAAUCGGUUAUUUGUCGCCUUAGGUCGGUCGUGUCGCAAAAAAAAUAUACUUGAUCCCUCCUAAGACUCUGUAGUAUUCUGAAGACUUCCCCUCAUUGGCAGUCACCUUUCUUACCCCUCCCCCCCCUCCAUUUAUUCUCUGAGUAGCGACACCAAGUCCCCCCUUAUUUCCCCCCUGAAAACCAUGUGAACCCCCAUAAAUUAUUUAACCCCUCCCCCCACAGAUGAUUAAUAGUCUCAAUUCCCUUGGCUCUCGAUCAAUUGACACUUUGAAAUCAAUCGAUGUUUGGAAGUACAUGUACAUAAGUAUUGUAAUGAAAUGUUCCUCUCAUCGAUAACUGUCCGGAUUUUUUAAUGAAUUCCUGUUACAGUGUUUUCUCACAAUGACGUUAUCUGGAGAAUUUUCGGCCCCAUUAGUUUGCAAAUCUGCAGUUCACUUUCGAGAAAAAGAAACCACAGUGAAAGAAACCAUCGUAUCCUGUUAGAAUUAGACUAUGAAACUAAUAAAUAGAUUCCACAUUUUUCAGCAGAAUCGAAGUGAGAAAGAAGUUAUUUUGUUUUUGUUUUUCUGUCUCUAAAUUCGCUUACCUGGAGAAUCUGCUAAUCAGUAUAGUGAGACUGUUGUAACGACCCGCCACAGAAGAAAGUUUAAAUUGAAGUUUUUUUAAUUCAAUUACGAGAUGAAGACUUGAUUUGCAUUCGUUCUGAAAAUGUAUUUCUUUUAGAUCGAAUAAUUAUAAGACCUUGACUUGAUAUUAUGCGGUUUGUGGUGGUCAUGUGAGCUAACCAGUUCCGAUAAAGGACACAAUCAUAGUACCCUAAUGGUUACUGACUGUUGCCUAUCUAAUUUCUACUCGCUCUAUAUCCAACACAAGGAGUUUAA